AUUCCCGGCCGCUGCUCCCGGCCCAGGAUGAACGGCCUGUCCCUCAGUGAGCUGUGCUGCCUGUUCUGCUGCCCCCCCUGCCCGAGUCGGAUCGCGGCCAAGUUGGCUUUCCUGCCCCCGGAGCCGAGCUACACGGCGCUGGCGGAGAGCGGCGGCCGGUGGGCGCUGCGCUUCUCGGAGCGCGCGGAGUGGCAGUACGGUCAGCGGGAGCUCGACUGCACCGACAUCUUCCUCACCCGCACCGGCCGCGGCAACCGCAUCGCCUGCAUGUUCAUCCGCUGCUCGCCCACCGCCAGGUUCACACUGCUCUUCUCUCAUGGCAACGCGGUGGAUUUGGGGCAGAUGAGCAGCUUCUACAUCGGCCUGGGCACCCGGAUCAACUGCAACAUCUUCUCCUACGACUAUUCCGGCUACGGUGUCAGCUCCGGCAAGCCCUCCGAAAAGAACCUGUACGCUGACAUCGACGCUGCCUGGCAGGCGCUGAGAACAAGAUACGGGAUCAGCCCUGAGAACAUUAUCCUCUACGGGCAGAGUAUUGGGACGGUGCCCACUGUGGACCUGGCCUCUCGCUACGAGUGUGCUGCAGUCAUCCUGCACUCGCCCCUUACCUCGGGCAUGCGCGUGGCCUUCCCCGACACCAAGAAAACCUACUGCUUCGACGCUUUCCCCAGCAUUGACAAAAUCUCUAAGAUCACGUGUCCCGUGCUGAUUAUCCACGGGACUGAGGACGAGGUGAUUGACUUCUCUCACGGGCUGGCGCUGUACGAGCGCUGCUUACGUGCGGUGGAGCCGCUGUGGGUGGAGGGCGCAGGGCACAAUGACAUUGAACUGUACAGCCAGUACCUGGAGCGGCUGCGCAAGUUCAUCUCCUACGAACUGGUCAACGUGCAGCGGAACUGAAGAGCAGAAACUACCCACCGCCCACUGUCCGUCCCACAGACAGACAGACAGACAGACCCGCGGGCGGACGGACAGACGUUUCGGAAAGUCUAUUUUUUCAGGAGAGUGUUUGGAUAGCGUGAGAAACACACACAGACAAACAAACAAAACAAAACCAAACACACCCUUUUUUUAUAUAAAUAUUAAAAUCAAUUCUCAAUCUGAGAAUCUAGGGGCCGGGAGGAGGGAGGGGGCGGGGGGCGCGGGAGGAGGGAGGGAGGGAGGAGGGAAGUUUGUGACGUUUUGCGACUGUUCCCAUGUGGCAAUUGGCACAUCGAAAUUGUUACAAGAUUUUGCAAACUUUCCUCCUUUCCCCACCACCCCCCUCAUUUCCCACUUCCCCUCACCCCCCUUCCCCUACUACCCCCAAAUUGGCUGCUGCAGUAGGUUGAACAGGGGGAGAGCUGAGUUGAUAAAACAAUUUAGUUUGAGAAUAAUAAUGGUGAAUACAUCACAAUCUUUGGUGCAUUGUUGAUGCUCUAUUUGGCUUGACUUUUUAUUUAGGGCUAAAACCCGGAUCAGGUCACGAUGGGGCCUGCGCCCCUUUAACAGACUAUUUCUAUCACUGUUUUCGUGUUGAGUUUCAGUGGAGAAAGAAUCCGUCCUCAGUGGGGGUUGCUUUCCACGUCGAACUUUCAUCUCUUUUAAUUGUUUUUUCUUUGUGGGACUUUUUUUUAAGUGCUGAGAUCAGUGUUGUGAUAAUGGAGGGGGGGAGAGGGAGAGGGGAAUAGAGCGAGCAAACAUCUCCACAGGUGCUGAGCCAAAAAAUCAAAGCGGCCCCCAGCCUGGGUUGAGGCAAAACCGUCUCCGCAUCGCAUGCUUGAUCCUUGUUCUGUUGUGGGGGUGGGGGGUGUGGGCAGCAGGGGUAACGUGGGGGUAGGAGAUGGAGCUGAGCCCUGAUGUGGGAGAUCAGAGACUGUGGGUGGGUCCCGGGGGAGAGGAGGUUUAACGGUUUACGUCAUGUUACAUCAGACGUGUAAUCAUUGAGCCGCCACCGAGCCCACAAUCCCAACUCACAUACACUCCCUGCUCCAGAGCCCACCACAGGGAAAUCAUUCCGUCUUCCAACGUCCUGUUCCCCCCUCACCGUGAGAUCUUGGAAUGAUGGGUUGGUGAGACCGUUGCAGGCCAGCACUGUGUGCUCCCCCAUCUUUCCCCCCAUUGCCCCCUUCCCCUGCCUCGGGAACGCACUGCUAAUCACACAUCAUGUUCCCCUCGGUCUGUGCAGCUGUGGGAAUGACUGGAUUUGAAAGGGAAUCUUGGCAGCUCUGCUCGGGGCCGGUCUCUCAGCGCAGGGGGGUACCACGUUGAGAGGAGCACGGUUCGGCCUCUCCCUCUCCUCUCGCCCCCCCCCCCCCGCCGCCACUCUCCACUGGGGUCAGGCUGUUAGGGCAUCGCUCCAUUACCCUUACGAAGACUAGAGACUAUGGGCGGGGGGGGCUUGGCCCGGGGGGGGAGGAAGGGAGGAAAUGUGUUGCGAGAUGUGCUGAUCAUCACCAAUGACAAUUAGCACACCAAACGCAGCAUUUUUUUUCCCCCAUUUUUUUGAUAAGCAGGCGGAUAAUUAUAGGCUGCAGAGGGGGAGGGAGGGAGCCUGGGUACCUGCCCCCCACCCCCAUCCCCGGUUCCCUCUCGGCCUCUCCCCCCAGCCCCUGGCGGUGAUUUCGCCGAUGUACUGUUCUCUAUUUUAAAGCAAUUAUUGUUUGCAACGAUGAUGAAAUCUUAAUGCAACAUUCUAUUAAACGUAUUUAACUGAAAA